GCGAUAGCUUUGGCCGCCGGUGCGGGAUGGCCGCGGAGCCGGGCGGAGCUGGCCCGCGGCUCCGGGGGCCCGCUCUCUGGCCCGAGGCAUGGCUCGGGGUCCCGGCCCGCUAGGCCGGCCUCGCCCCGACAGGGUCGCCAUGCCGAAGAGAGGGAAGCGUCUCAAGUUCCGGGCCCACGAUGCCUGCUCUGGGCGAGUGACGGUGGCGGAUUAUGCCAACUCGGAUCCGGCCAUCGUGAGGUCUGGACGGAUCAAGAAAGCCGUCGCCAAUGCUGUUCAGCAGGAAGUAAAAUCUCUUUGUGGCCUGGAAGCUUCCCAGGUCCCUGCAGUGGAAUCUCUUUCUGGGGCUGGUGAGCCUUGUGACAUCAUGGACAGCAGUGAUGAGAUGGAUGCCCAGGAGGAGAGCAUCCCUGAGAGAACCAUCUCCAGAAAAAAGAAAAGCAAGAGGCAUAAAGAUGACCUGGAUGGGGCUGGAGGAGAAGAGUAUCCCAUGGAUAUUUGGCUAUUGCUGGCCUCCUAUAUUCGUCCUGAGGACAUUGUGAAUUUUUCCCUGAUUUGUAAGAAUGCCUGGACUGUCACUUGCACUGCUGCCUUUUGGACCAGGUUGUACCGAAGGCACUACACGCUGGAUGCCUCUCUGCCUUUGCGCCUGCGACCAGAGUCAAUGGAGAAGCUGCGCUGUCUCCGGGCCUGUGUGAUCCGAUCUCUGUACCAUAUGUAUGAGCCAUUUGCUGCUCGAAUCUCCAAGAAUCCAGCCAUUCCAGAAAGUACUCCCAGCACAUUAAAGAAUUCCAAAUGCUUACUUUUCUGGUGCAGAAAGAUUGUUGGGAACAGACAGGAACCAAUGUGGGAAUUCAACUUCAAGUUCAAAAAACAGUCUCCUAGAUUAAAGAGCAAGUGUAUGGGAGGGCUGCAGCCCCCCAUUCAGUAUGAAGACGUGCACACCAACCCAGACCAGGACUGCUGCCUGCUGCAGGUCACAACCCUCAAUUUCAUCUUUAUUCCAAUUGUCAUGGGAAUGAUCUUUACCUUGUUUACUAUCAAUGUGAGCACGGACAUGCGGCAUCAUCGAGUGAGACUGGUGUUCCAAGAUUCUCCUGUCCACGGUGGUCGCAAACUGCGCAGUGAACAGGGGGUGCAAGUCAUCCUGGACCCAGUGCACAGCGUUCGGCUCUUUGAUUGGUGGCAUCCUCAGUAUCCAUUCUCCUUGAGAGCAUAAUCAAAGCUUCUUGUCUGUGAGGGCAGCCCUCAGCUAGGCCAGUCCAUUCAAAAUCAGAUUCCAGUUUGGAAGGGGCAGCUGGUCAGUGAUGCACAUAUUCUUCAGGUUCCUGGAACCUCUGUUAGGGGAAAGAAGGGUUGAUUGAGUCAAGAGGAAAAGACAGCUCUGAUGUAGAAACAACACGGUUUAAUGUGAAAGGAGAAGCAUGGCCCUACUUUCUGCGUUAAACCCCAUUUGGUGCUAUUGAGUUUGUUCUUUAUUCUUUCAUCCCAGCAAAAACGGAUGGUCUUGCAGUAGAGAAAAGUUGAACUCUUGGAUGAACAAGGAAAUUACAGCAUUCCGUUAUGGAUCAGAGGGAUCUUAGAGGACUAAAAUUGUUUAUUGUUGCUUCAACCUAGCUGCCCUUCAAAUUCAAGUGAUUAUUUUCUCUUUUCCCUUUACCCUUCUUCAGAAAUAAAGCAGGUGACAGGGUUUUCAGAAUCUUAUAAGAUUGCUUGUGUAUCUUUCUUUAAAAAUAACAUUUGGAUAUUUAUUGUACAAGUAUUCGUUUGCCAAUUUUGGACUUUAGGUUUUUUUGUUUUUUUUUUUUCCCCUGCAUGAGAUUGGUAGUGGUGAUGAUCAUGACUAUGACUGUGCCCUUGGUGUUGUACUAGGAACUUUACAUAAUAACUUUAAUUUUCAACAUUCUGUAAGGUAAACAAUACUGGCCUCAUUUUAUAGUUGAAAACUAUGGAUCAGUGAUACACCCAAGGUUGUAAUAACCAGUGAAAAGCAGAGCCAGCAUACCACCCACGUGUCCCAGCUGUACCACAGUCUAAAAGGUUCAUUUCAGUUUUCUUGUGGUAGAUGGUUGCAAAAGGGAGUAGACAGAGAGUAUACAGAUUUAAACAAGUAAAAGUAAGUGAAAAUUUGAUUGUGGUGUACCUUAUUCCUAAUCAGCAAAAAUGUAUAAUAUAUCCGGUUGAUAAAAAAAUCGUUUAAAUGUCUAAGAAAAAAUGUAAACCAAGCCAAGAAAGUUACUGCAGUGUUUUCAUUGAAUUGGUGUAAGCAUUUAUCUUGCUGAAGGUCACUGAAGAAAAAAAGCAUCCCAUAUCAAAACCAGCCUCUUGAAUUGUAAGCACUUAGUGACUUUGCUCUGCUCUGUGCUGCCUGAGAUCAUCCUGUGUGACUAUAGGAACCUGGCCUUUUGACCCUGAAGAGAUGCUAAUAUUUUCCUGAUAAUCACAGACUUGCUAUAGCAAGUGUACUUUGGGAAGAGGUUUAUGGGUGGGUUUUUAUUGUUGCUAUUGUUUGUUAACAAGAUAAACUUGCUGCUUGUCCUCCCCACCCCCCACCAAAUUCCCCAAUUAAUUAGUGAGUUGUAUAUCCAUGAGGUGGGCAGUAAGACAGUAUUCUUUAAACACAAAAGUCUUGUGGGGGCAGUUAUUAUCAUGAGCCAAACUGCUAAAUUAGCAUGUUGUUUUUUCCCUUCCCAUCUUCUCUAUCCACUGCUAUAUUUAAAGAACAAUAUUCUUAGGAAGCAUCUGCUUAAUACUGCUGCUAACAGCUAACCUUACCCCACACUGAAGGUGGUACUAAAACUGUUCACACAGAAAAUGAGCCUGGGUCAGUAAAAAAACAAAAUUUGGCUGUUUACACUGAUAAAACCCAAAGACAACCUCCGAGACAGGAGGAAAGAAACUCAAGAAUGUAGAAUGCCGUGGAGCAGGAGCGCUUCCUGCUGCGCUGUGUGUCCCCACACUUAGGGUACCUUUCAAAGGGAAGUGAAAUAAAUCUGACUUUAUAGUUGUAUCCUGA